GAACUUCCCCUUUAAUUUUAAUCGCGAUCUUCAAAUUGGCAGUUCUCAAAAUGGCGACACACAGUACACUCGAGACUCCGGUGGCAAGAGUACAAAUCGACGGCUUGGUUGUGUUGAAGAUCAUCAAGCAUUGUGAAGAAGAAGGAGGCAGUGAUGGAGAGAUGGUACAAGGAGUCCUCCUCGGCCUCGUCCAAGGUGACACGCUAGAGAUCACAAAUUGUUUUCCGUUCCCAAAGCAAGCAGAUGAGGAAGAUUUUGAUGAAAUCCAAUAUCAGAUGGAAAUGAUGAGGAAUUUACGGCACGUGAACAUCGAUCAUCUCCACGUUGGGUGGUACCAGUCGACAAAAUAUGGCACAUUCCUCACCAAGGCACUGCUAGAUUCACAGUACAACUACCAACACUCCAUCGAAGAAUCAGUUGUCCUUAUUUAUGAUCCUGUCAAGACGUCUAAGUCCAGUUUGAGUCUCAAAGCUUACCGGCUAACAGAACAGGCAAUGAGUGUAUCACAGGAUAUGGAAUUCACAUUAGAGAGCAUCAGGAAAUCAGGGCUUAGUUUUGACAAACUCUUCGAAGAGAUCCCCAUCGCGAUCAAGAACUCUUACUUGGUGAAGACACAGAUCUGUGAGAUCGAAGGUCUUUCUACGCCUGGUGACGACAACUUCCUUAGCCUCUCCACAGGGACCCUUCUUGAGAAGAACGUAGAACUACUUAUGGAUCAGGUGGAUGAGCUGUGGCAGGACACCAAUAAAUUUGUCAGCUAUCAGCGUAAUAUGGCAAAGACCAACGCAGCCAGACAACAACACAUACACAAAAGGAACCAGGAAAAUGCAGCCAGGGAGGCGAGAGGAGAAGCCCCUCUGCCUGAUGAAGAUCUAACCAAGAUGUUCAAAGCCCCCACCAUGCCUGCACGUCUGGACACCAUGCUCCUGGCUGGUCAGAUGAAGAACUACUGCACAGAGAUCAAGCGCCUCUCGUCCCAGAGCUUCGGCAAGCUAUUUAUGGCCGACGCACUUCAACCAAAACCCUCUUCAUGAGAAAAAAUGUCCCUUUUCUUCGCUUUUCACCAUGUCCCAGAGUCUGUCCCCCAAUAGCAUGAAAAAUGGCUUGAAACAGUGUUAGGAAUUCUGUGGAAAACUAGCCAUCUUCAUCCCACAGUUUCUGCAAGCUGUUACCGGCUGACACGCUCUAAAGGAAACCUUCAUCAUGAGAUACAGUUACUUUGUUCCGCUUUUCUUUAUGUUCUUGAACCCUUUCCCUGAAAGAGCAAAAGAUACUGUUUCAGGACUUUUGUAAAGGAAACCUAGUAAUUUUUAUUCCCAGAGCUUCGGCAAGCUAUUUGUGGCUAGUGAACUUGAUUCAAAGGCUUCGUUCUGAGGUAUAGUUCUUCUUUUCCCCUUUUCCCCUUGUCCAUGAACCCACCCCCUGAUUAGGGCAAAAGAUACUGUUUCAGGACUCUUGUAAGGAAACCUAGCAAUUCACAGUUCCAGAGUUUCUGGAAGCUAUUCAUGGCUUAUGCACUUCAACACAAUACCUUCUUCAAUGUGAUUUUUUUUCUUCUGCAUUUCCUUGUAUUCCUGGACCUUCUUCAUAAAGAAAGAACUGUAUCUUCUUUCUUCCUGCUAUCUCCAUGUUCCAGGGCCCAUUUGCAUAUAAGGUACUAUUAUGGUAACUUUGCCUUCCAAUGGUAACUACCAUGGUAACAAUGAUCAUCAGCCAAUUAAAAUCAUCAAGGAUUCCAUGAAAGAUACCAUUGGAUGGCGAAGAUGCCAUGAUAAUAACUCAUAUGCGAUCGGACCCAGAGUGACUAGUUUUCCUGUUCAUGAAACAUGUAUCAUUUUGGUUGUUUGUGGUCGCGUUUUGGGAAGAUAGGUUUGUCUUUGUGUUUCUCAUACGAUUUCUGAUAGUUUAUGUCAAUUCAUGAAAAUUAAUUUAAAAACCACAUUUCUCAGGCCUUUUAAUUAUUUGAAGGAUUUUGAUUUGGGAAGGGUUGUAUUUAUUUCAUCGCUUAUAACUGUGUGAGAAACACAAGAGAUUAGUGAUUUUUCUCAGUCGCGACGGGGACGUAUUCUACAAUAUAGAAAAUCUAUUGUCAAAAUCCCUUCAUGACGAAGCAGUCUUUGUCGGAAAAUCAGUGAAUCAAAACAGCAGUUUCAUCCUGGACUCGGGACGAACGAGAUAUUUUUUUUUUUUUCGUCAGCUCAGAAUUUUACGACGAUCAGCUGUCUUGGUUCGCCAAUUUUCAACAAAGGCCUCUCAGCUGUUCAUUGUAAUUUGACAGCAUUUUCAGUAAACUUUCUAUGUUGUAUAUAGAAUCCGUGCCCAUCGGGAUUGCAAAAACUUGCUAAUGUCAAAUUGGGACUGGGUGUCAUACUCCUCGACAACUGUUACAGGAAGCAAAUAAAAAAGAGUGUAACUGUAAAAGAGUAAACUGUCUGUAAUUUACAUAGAUGCAAUGUAUUAGCACAGCAGGAUCAUUGAUUUUCUCUGAAUUUUGGCAUGGAAAAAGAUUUGUGACAGUCCUGUAAACAUAUUUUACCCCUUGCCUGCUUAGAACUGGGUGGUCACUGUACAAAACCUAUGGGAAUUACAGACUACUGUAGUCAAUGGGUUAAAAUCAAAGUUUUGGUUAGUAUAACACUUGCUGUCUUUUGUGAAAGUAGGCCCUCAUACACAGUAUCCCAUCUGAAUCAUGUAGACUCUUUGAAUUUGUAUGAUAUUGAAUUGGCAAUUGUUUUUCACCUUUCACAACAAAUUUCCUAUCAAUGACAAGUGCUUGAGUUCCAACAAAGUUGCUCCCAGCCAAUCCGAUUGCAGGGUUUAAGUAGCUUAUAACAUUGCCUGGUAGAGUGUCGUUUGUUGUGGUUUUUGUGAAUCUGGGCCCAUUUAUAUAAGAAUCCAUUCUAUUGGAUGCUAUUAGAAAAAGUAUGAGGCAUUCAGGGGAAUGUUUCAUGGAGCAAGAUGAUGAUAAUAUCCACUGACAUCUAUGAUAGGCUAUUGAAAUCCUUGCAUCCGAUUGGCUGUGGGCAAAUUUGUCAUUGAAAGUCAUUGGCAAAAUACUUUGUGAAAUACCCCUCAGGGCCCUGUAUUACAAAGUGAUGCAAGAGAUUGAAUUUAAACUCAAACUGAUAUUGAUCUGAAUGACUUCAUAAUUUGGGGCCCGUUUCAUAAAGGACUUGCAACUGUCGUUACUUUGCCAUUAUGGCAACUACCAUGGUAACAGGGCUCAUCAGCCAAUCAGAAUCAAGGUUGCCAUAGUAGUUGCCAUAAUGGCAAAGUUACAACAGGUGUAACUCUUUAUGAAACGGGCCCCUGAUAUCAAUCACAGUUUGAAUUUGAUUUGAAUGUACAUGUAUUGCCUCCCUUUGUGAUGGGGGACCCAAAGAAUGAUCUGUCUUUUGAAGCGUGAGAAGUAAUCUUCAUUGUAGGAUGUACCUUGGAAUCUGUACAGAUUUCAGUCAUAGAUUAAUGUUAUUUCAACAAAAAUGAAUAAAGAUAUCCAUAAAAACAAUA